UUAAGAAAAAAAAAAGAUUGGUCACAAGGUUUAAGAAACGUACUAAAAAUAAGUUUAAAGGAUUCAUUAUUGAACGAAAUUUUAAACCAAGAAACAGUUCAGCAUGGGUGGUGGUAAAUGACGUCAAACACAAAGAAGUGGGCGGAGUCGAAUUUUUUUAAAGCCUCUGAUUUGCUCUCCUUCAUUUCAUCGAUUGUUUGACCUGACCAACCAAAUCAUUCCAGGGGUAGGGCAGUGGAUAAACCAAUCAAUAACCGCAGUCUUUUCUAUGUCAAAUUAGCAUACGCUGUGUAUAAAAGCAAGUGCAUUCCGUUGAAGAAAGUACAUCCAGAAAACUAUAAACGACGAUCAUGCCUGAACCAGCAAAGACCGCACCCAAGAAAGGUUCCAAGAAGGCGGUAACUAAAACCGCCGGCAAAGGAGGAAAGAAGCGCAAGAGGACAAGGAAGGAGAGCUAUGCCAUCUACGUGUACAAGGUGCUGAAACAGGUUCAUCCUGAUACUGGAAUCUCCUCUAAAGCGAUGGGUAUCAUGAACUCGUUCGUCAACGACAUCUUCGAGCGCAUCGCCGGUGAGGCGUCUCGUCUCGCUCAUUACAACAAGCGCUCCACCAUCACAUCGAGAGAGAUCCAGACCGCCGUGCGUCUGCUGCUACCCGGGGAGUUGGCCAAACACGCCGUGUCUGAGGGCACAAAGGCCGUCACCAAGUACACCAGCUCCAAGUAAAGCGCUGAAUCAAUUUCUGCGAUCCAAAGGCUCUUUUAAGAGCCACCCACGUUUACACAUAAAGAGCCCUUUUUCUGCUGUCUGUGGAAGUAAGGUACUUCUAGAAACCAAAUAAUUAGUUUGUCGCUGCUCCAUAUACUUCUGAAAGGUUUUUCACACCAAGCAAAGAUUUCUUUUUAAUUUCUACAAGUUUUCUUUGAAGGAAACUGGGUUGGUCGAAGUUGACCUUUAAUCUGUGAAAACAUCAGCAUAUAUGAUAUCAAAGUAAAUGUGAAGGGGAUUGUACGCUUCAACGUAGUUUUCAUCAUUUACUUAUUUCAAACCCUUUUUCUUCUGCACAAAAAAUAUUCUGAGGAAAGCUAGAACCCUGUGACCAUUGACUUCCUUGGUAUGUUUUUCCUACAAGUCAAAGAAUACAGGUUUUACAUGUGGACUACUUCAUUCAAGAAUCAUCUUUUGUGUUCAACAUUAAAACUGUAAGGCUUGUAAUCGCUUUGGGGUCAGUAUAAAGUGUUUCCAUGAGCUUUAUGAGGGCUGGCAAACCAGCUAAAGAUGCAAUAACAGGCAGUUUCAGGUAAAAGAUGGAACAUAAGAGAAAAAAGCUUUUCUGGUCCACUUUUUUUUGCUAAAUUUUCUAAUUGUUCCCAACACCUUAGAUUGUACUGCGUUUUCACUGACGAUGCUAUAAUAAAAGUGUCAUUGACUUGG